GAAGCAGCCACCGCCGGAGCCGCAGCCCUUGAGAGUCCCAGGCUGCCGAAGGAGAGCCCAGCAGGAGGAGAAGGAGCUCGGGCCCCUUGGAAGUCUCCCUCCAGGCUCCUUCUUCUCAGGCAGAUUGGCUUUUCCAGGACAACAAAAAACAAGAGAAGAAAAAUAUUCCAAGUAAAGUGGAAACUUGCAUGAAGUGAGCCACAGACAGUUCUGAAGUUGGUCGAAAUGUAGUUCUCUGGUAGGGCCAUGAACCUAAAAUUAGUCUAUAUAUCUGUACUGAUGUUUGGAGUAGCAGGUCUACUCCUAUUCAUGUAUCUGCAAGCCUGGAUUGAAGAACAACAUACAGUUUCUGAAGAAAAAAUACAACCGCAAACAAUUAAUCAGGGCUUCAAAAUCUAUUCGGCAGAGGAAUCUGAAAGAACAAAAUAUUGGAUCGCUGUUGGGAAUCUUAGCAAACCAAGUAAAGCUGUUGCCAAGAAUGGACAUAAUCUAGGAAAUGUUAGCCCUCUGCUACAGAGCCCAGUUUCUAUGACCACCAAAAUAUCCGAAGAGCUGCAGAAGGUUACAUUUCUGCUUAAACAGUUCAAGCAAGUAAAUUUACCACCAGCCAUGCACCCUCUGAACAAGAAUUUCAUCAAAGAUGAUCGCUGGAAAGCCACAGAUGAAAUGCAAGAGGAACGAAGGUCUUUCCUAUACAAUUUCUGCAAAAAAUAUCUUCGAGAACACAGACCUCGGACUCAUCUUAUGCGCAUGGUUUCCAGAAUAUAUGUGGAAGAACAACACAAGCUCCUGUACUGCGAAGUUCCUAAGGCAGGCUGUUCCAACUGGAAACGAGUAUUGAUGGUUCUCAGUGGCCUUGCCAAAUCAGCUGCUAAUAUUAGCCAUGAUGCUGUGCACUAUGGAAAACAUCUGAAGAAACUGGACAGCUAUGAUUUGAAAGGAAUACACAUGCGUUUAAAGACAUACACCAAAGUUAUAUUUGUACGGGAUCCCAUGGAAAGGUUAGUUUCUGCAUUUAGAGAUAAGUUUGAGCAUCCAAACAGCUACUACCAUCCUGUGUUUGGCAAGGCAAUUAUUAAGAAAUACAGACUUAAUGCUGACGGAGAGGCAUUGAAAACAGGCUCAGGAGUCAGGUUUAAAGAAUUUGUCCAAUAUUUAUUAGAUUCCCAUCGGCCAGUAGGUAUGGACACUCACUGGGAGCAGAUCAACAAACUUUGCUAUCCUUGUGUUAUCGGUUAUGAUUUCAUUGGCAAAUUUGAAACAGUGGAAGAAGAUGCUAAUUAUUUUUUGAGAUUGAUAGGUGCUCCAGAAGGGUUGACAUUUCCUAAUUUCAAAGACAGACAUUCCACUGACAAAAGGACAAAUUUAGAAGUUGUGAGAAAGCACUUAGAAGAGAUUCCUGACAGUGAGAGGCAGAAAAUGUAUGACUUCUAUUAUCUGGACUAUCUGAUGUUCAACUAUACUGUGCCAUAUACAGAGGCUUGAUUUGCCUGAAUACUUAAGCAAUUUUAGAAUUUAGCUUGUGAGUGGAAGAAACAUAGCUUCUUAAAUGGCAAUGUUUUGAUUUACUGAUAUUUUCAUAAGCUAAAGUGACACCUUCUAGCUCAUGUUAUAGUAAUAACAGAAGAGAAAAAUUAAUUGCACUGAAAUGUCUGGGAGGAAAAACACUUUUAUAUUCGUUAACUUUAGGGUCUGUAGAUCUAAUGUGAAUGUCUUUAAAUGAAGCCUUUAAAUCAUAAUGAUUUGAAAAGCUCUAAAACAGCAUGAUCUUAUUUCCAUUUAUUCAUCUGCCAUGAUUCAUGAAUGUAUUUUUUAAAAAAAUCUUCUGAGAAAUAUCAAUUAAAGAUGAGCUUUCUUUUUUUUAAAAAAAUGUGUAUACUGUAUAUUAAGCAUCUAUAGUAUAUCGAGAUGG